AUGCACCGUCGUGAAGACUCAGACACUGUGAUGGAGGAUGCCUACCCAAGGCCCCCCUCCAUCACAUGGGGCCCUACCAUCUCCUGGGAGGCUGAGGUCGACUUGCUGUGCUACGCGAUCGAGGAUCUGAGCAUCGACGAUGCUCCUGUCAAGAUCCCUGCGCGUCUGCCUACGCCUGAGCCGACGGUGGUCGUCGCGCGCGCGGUCAUUCCUGAUGUCAAGGUUCCCGUGGUUCAGCCAGGAGAGAGUGAUCCCACAGUCGCUUCGGCUGACGAGGGAAUCCUCGACUGGUUGGGCUGCGAGAACGCCUUCGACAGAGGAAGGAUUGAUCUCGGGCUCGGCGAUCCCCGUUUUCUCAAGUGUGGGCGGGAGUACAGGAAGUCCGUCAAGGGCGUCGUCUGUGCGCAGCCCCGAGAGCGUGUGGCACAGCCGGUCGUCCCCAGUCGCCCAGGCAGAGUGAUGGGUGGCAAGUCGGCCGUCGACCCAUUCGUGGCAUUCAUGCUCGAUGGGAUCGACGUCGACGGCAAGGCUGCAAAGAAAAAGAACAAGCAAAAGCCCAAGAACCUCACAGAGGCCUUGCUGUAUCCCUACUCUCUCUACUAA